AUGGAGGCGCCGCUAAAGCCGAACGCCGCCUCUUGUCCGGCAAAGGUGUUCGUCGCCGGCGGAUAUCUGGUGCUCGACCGAAAGUACACUGCCUUGGUGUUCAGCUUAGAUGCGCGAAUCCAUACCGUAGUCGAGCCUAUUCAGACGAAGGCUGGUGUCACUAUCAGUGAGAUUGUGGUUACGAGCCCACAGUUCAAUGAAGCUAUUUGGGAGUAUGGCUACAGGUCGCAAGGUCAAGAUGCAGGCAUAUCGGUGACACAGCUGAGUGUCGGCCACCAGCAAUCCAUCUCCGCCUCCAAAAACCCCUUCAUCGAAACCGCCCUAACCUACGCCCUCACCUACAUCUGGACCCUCCAGCCCAACCAACGCAUCGCUUCCUCCUCCAUCCGUAUCCUCGCCGACCAGGCCUACUACUCCAACCCCGGCUCCCAGCGCAACGCUAGCCGUUUCCUCGACUUCAACGUCAGCCUGAAAGACGCCCACAAGACCGGUCUCGGAUCGUCUGCCGCUCUAGUAACCAGUUUCACCGCCGCAGUCCUGGGCUUCUACCUGCCCAAGGACAAGUGGGAUGUCAGUACUGAUGAAGGAUUGCGGGUCCUGCAUAACUUGAGCCAGGCAAGUCAUUGCCAGGCACAGGGUAAAGUGGGAAGUGGAUUUGACAUUGCGAGUGCCGUCUAUGGAUCUUGUCUGUACAAGCGCUUCUCACCGAGUCUGCUGAGCGCCCUGCCAGCGCCAGGAAGUCCGGGGUUCGCUACUGCGCUGAAGGAGCUUGUCGAGGGUCCGAAAUGGGACACGGAGAUCCACAAGGCGGCUAUUAAGAUGCCCAAGGGUCUACGCUUGGUCAUGUGCGAUGUCGACUGUGGCAGUGAAACGCCGGGCAUGGUGAAGCAGGUCCUCAAGUGGCGAGGGGAGAAUCAAGAAGAGGCGGAUCAGAUUUGGGGCGAGUUGCAAAAGGGAAAUGAGGCGUUGGCUGCGGAGCUCACGAGACUUGCGACUGCGGACUCGGGUUCAACGGACUAUGCCAAGUUGGGGGAAAUCAUUGAGGGGAACAGGAAACUGAUUCGCCAGAUGAGCGUUGCAUCAAAGGUGCCGAUCGAACCACCGCAGCAGACGAAGUUGCUGGAUCACUGCUCCAAGCUGAAUGGUGUUGUUGGUGGUGUGGUACCUGGAGCUGGUGGGUAUGAUGCAAUCGUGCUCCUAGUAGAGGAUAAAGAAGAGGUCAUUGCUGGACUCAAGCAAUCACUCAAAUCGUAUAAAGUCGAAGAUGAGGGUGAUGGCGUCAAGAUUGGAAAGGUAGGCGUCAUUGGCAUCAGGGAAGAGAUGGAAGGUGUCCGGGUGGAGGACUUGAGUAUGUAUAGCGAGUGGGCUACAAGGUCCUAG